GGGGAAAGUGGCCUGCCUCACCCAGCCAUCCUCUCUCCGCCUCCAGAGCCGGAGCCAGAACCAGAGCAAGGAAGACUCAGCCCAACUUUCCCCGCUGCUGCAAGUGGGGCGAAUCCGAUUGCGCGGCCAAGUCAGCAGAGUUUUGCUGAGAAGAGGAAACUAUGGCGGCUUCUGUUUGGGUUGGCAAUAGAGGGACAAUACGGGAUUACCCUGGUUUUAAUGCAUCAAGAGAUGCCGAGGCAGUUCGGAAAGCAAUCAGGGGAAUAGGCACGGACGAAAAAACCCUGAUCGACAUCAUUACUGGGAGAUCAAAUGCUCAGCGACAACUGAUUGCCAGGGAAUACAAGGCAGCUGCAGGAAAGGAACUCAAAGAUGCUUUGAAGGGUGAUCUGUCAGGAAAUCUAGAGCGUGUUAUGGUCGCUCUUGUAACACCUCCAGCAUUGUUUGAUGCUAAGCAACUAAAGAAAUCCAUGAAAGGUCCUGGAACUGCUGAACAUGCCUUGAUUGAAAUCCUUGCCUCAAGGACCAGCAAGCAAAUGAAAGAAGUAGCCCAGGCUUACUAUACAGUUUAUAAGAAGAGUCUUGGGGACGAUCUCAGCUCUGACACAUCUGGGGACUUCAGGAAAGCACUGUUAACUCUAGCAGAUAGCAGGCGAGAUGAAAGUCAAAGAGCAGAUGAACAGGUUGCAAAGAAGGAUGCCCAGAUUCUGUACAGUGCUGGUGAGAAGAGGUGGGGGACUGAUGAAGACAAAUUCAUUGAAGUUCUCUGCUUCAGCAGCUUUCCACAGCUGAAACUAACCUUUGAUGAAUACAGAAACAUCAGUGGAAAGAAAAUAGAAGACAGUAUAAAAGGUGAAUUGUCAGGACAUUUUGAAGACUUGCUGCUGGCCAUUGUUAAAUGUGCGAACAACACUCCUGCAUUCUUUGCUGAAAGACUACACAAGAGUUUGAAGGGAGCUGGGACUGAUGAAUUCACCCUGAACAGAAUCCUGGUAUCCAGGUCAGAAAUUGACCUUUUGGAUAUUCGAGCUGAAUAUAAGAAACUGUAUGGAGUCUCCUUGUAUUCAGCUAUUAAAUCUGACACUUCUGGGGAUUAUGGGACUACGUUGCUCAGGAUUUGUGGUGGAGACGACUGAUGGGAAGACCCAGCAGCCCAAGUGCUGAGCUGUGUCUUUUCUUGCUGCCCUCUGCAGUUCUUGUCGGUGGAGCUUUUAAAUGUUUAAGCGAGUGUAAAAUUGCCACCAUGCUUUCGACUGCUUUCUCAUUAGGCAUCAUAACAAACAGAUGCUUAUUUAGUGCAUCCCUUCAGGCCACUGAUGACACUCAUUUCACCACACACUGUGAUUUUGGAUGAAAUAUGUGCUCAAAAAUUGUACAGGCCAAAUCUGCGCAGCGCCACAAAAAUGGUUAGUGCCUGCAUGGUUCAUCUGUUGAAAUAUUAAAAACAAAUGACUGGUAUGGAUCCAGUGUUUCUCUUGGAAUGCCCAUGAUUGGAAUAAAAUGCUCUUUC